AUGAAGGGGCAGCUGCAUGGGUACAACUGCAAGGAGGAGUUCCAGAUCCCCGAUGAGCUUCUCAAGGCCCAUUACAGGAUGGGUGGGCUCUCAGAUGCCACUCCCGAGCAUUACCUGGUACAGGUGGAUCGAGCCAUCAGCGCCUGUGCAGAGUUGCAUGACCUGAAGGAAGAGGUUCUUAAGAACCUGAGGAAGCUGGAGGGCUUCAGGCCAGAGAGCCGGGAGCAGGAGUGUGCUAGUCAGCAUGCUGUCCAGCAGAGGGCGCUGUGGAGUCUGGAGCUGUACUUCUAUCUGAUCCUAUUUAACUACUAUCUGCAUGAACAGCACCCCCUGGCCUUUGCCCUUAGUUUCAGUCGAUGGCUGUGCACCCAUCCUGAGCUGUAUCGUCUGCUGGUGGCGCUGAAUUCAGUGGGGCCCUUGGUCCCCGGGCACCUCAUCGUCAAGGGCUCCCUGGAAGCAGAUGACCUGGUUUCCCUGGAUGCGCUCAGCACCAUCAGAGAGAUGGACAUAGCCAACUUCCGGCGUGUACCACGUAUGCCUAUUUAUGGCACCGCCCAGCCCAGUGCCAAGGCCCUAGGCAACAUCCUGGCCUACCUGUCUGACACCAAGAGGAAGCUGCGCCAGGUGGUCUGGAUCAACCUGAGGGAGGAGGUUGUGUUGGAGUGUGAUGGUCACAUGCACAGCCUGUGGCCCCCGGGACCCGCGCUGGCCCCCGAGCAGCUGGAGACUCUGGAGGCCCAGCUGAAGGCCCACCUGAGCGUCCCUGUCCCCAUCACCAAGAGCCCUGCCACCCCCAGGUUCCAGAAGUGCCUGACCACACAGGAGGUCUUCAGCCAGCACCAGGGGGCCAGCCUUGGCCUGACCUACUGCCGCAUUCCCCUGCCGGACUUCUGCGCCCCUCGGGAGGAGGACUUUGAGCGGCUGCUUGAGGCCAUGCGAGCUGCUCUCUCCAAGGACCCAGGCACAGGCUUUGUCUUCAGCUGCCUCAACGGCCAGGGCCGGACCACAACGGCCAUGGUGGUGGCCGUGCUGGCCUGCUGGCACAUUGGGGGCUGUCCCGAGGUGGGGGAGGAGGAGCUAGUGAGUGUGCCGGAUGCCAAGUUCACCAAGGGCGAGUUUCAGGUGGUGAUGAAGGUGGUACAGCUGCUCCCCGAUGGCCACCACGUGAAGAAGGAGGUGGAUGCGGCGCUGGACACCGUCAGCGAGACCAUGACACCAAUGCACUACCACCUUCGGGAGAUCAUCAUCUCCACCUACCGACAGGCAAAGGCCACCAAAGAGACACAGGAGGCUCAGAGGUUGCACCUGCGGAACCUGCAAUACCUGGAGCGCUACAUCUACCUGAUCCUCUUUAACGCCUACCUUCGCCUGGAGAAGGCCAGCUCCUGGCAGAGGCCUUUCAGCACCUGGAUGCAGGAGGUGGCAACCAGAGCUGGCAUCUACGAGAUCCUCAACCAGCUGGGCUUCCCCGAGCUGGAGAACAUGGACAACCAGCCCCUGUCACGGCUCCACUACCGCUGGCAGGAGCAAAGUCGAGACCCGGAGCCCUGCGACCUUGGGGACUUCCUGUAG